GGGAACCAGCCCGGUCCCCGGCGCGCGGCCGUCGCGGAGGGGGGCGCGGCCACACCUCCGCCUCAGGAAAGUUCUGAGGCAAACCCCGCAACUCGCGGCCCCGACACCAGCGGUUUCACCUUUCCCUUUUUUUUUUUUUUUUUUAACUCCGCCAGCGGCCCCCAGCCUACAGGUCCGGGUUGCUCCGCUGGCCAAAGUGCGUGCGGAGUAGUUGGCAAAGUUGAGGGCGGCGACGUCUCGGGGAACAGCUGUUUGCGUUCGGGGCGGAGGCGGCGCGCGAGCUCCCCGGCCACGAGCCAGCGAGCCUAGGAGAGGGUGGAGGUUCUGGGUCCCCGGGGAAGAGAACGGGGGGAUGACGCGGAGACUGGAGGCUCCGGGCUAGCGCCCUUCAGCGUAGGUCCCGUCGCGCCUCGCCCUUCUCGGUGACCUCACCCCCUUUAUACCCACCCCACCUCUCAGGAGCCGGAGGCCCGCCCUGGGGGGAGGGGACGAGGAGGCGAUUCGGAACGCGGAUUGCGUCCUCCGGGCACCCGUAGUUGGGAACCGUGGAACCCUGGUCCGGACGGGAGGUGUCGCGCCUCGGAGGUUCGGGUGGGCCUCGUGCCGGCUGGGCUGCCGCUCGCCCCGGGAGGGGAACGCGAGCUUGGGCCGGACCCGCGGGCGACGUGCGGAGCGGCUGGUCCAGUCAUGGCCGACUACUGGAAGUCACAACCAAAGAAAUUCUGUGAUUACUGCAAGUGCUGGAUAGCGGACAAUAGGCCUAGUGUUGAAUUUCAUGAAAGAGGAAAGAAUCAUAAAGAAAAUGUUGCAAAGAGGAUCAGUGAGAUUAAACAGAAAAGCCUGGAUAAGGCAAAGGAAGAAGAAAAAGCAUCAAAGGAGUUUGCUGCAAUGGAGGAAGCUGCCCUGAAAGCAUACCAAGAGGAUUUGAAAAGGCUUGGCUUAGAGUCAGAAAUUUCAGAGCCAAGCAUAUCACCAAAAACCAGCACUGUCCCACCCAUCUCUGCAUCAAAUCAGCAGAAAGAAAAGAAGAAAAAGAAAAAAGACCCUUCAAAGGGCAGAUGGGUAGAAGGCAUAACCUCUGAAGGUUACCAUUACUAUUAUGAUCUUAUCACUGGAGCAUCUCAAUGGGAGAAACCUGAAGGAUUUCAAGGAAACUUAAAAAAGACAGCAGGGAAGGCUGUUUGGGUAGAAGGUUUAAGUGAAGAUGGUUACACCUAUUAUUAUAAUACAGAAACAGGAGAAUCCAGAUGGGAAAAACCUGAUGAUUUUAUUCCACACUCUGGCGAUCUGCUUUCUAGUAAAGUCAAUGAAAAGUCACUUGGCACCCUGGAAGAAUCCAAAUCAUCAAAUUCACAUAGUGAUUCUGAUGGGGAACAGGAAGAACAAAAAGUAGAGGUCUCUACAGAAACACCAAAGCUAAAAAUAAAGUUUAAGGUAAAAAAUAAAAAUAGUGAUAAAGUAAAUGAAGGCAAGAUCCUCCUUUCUGAAAAACAGAAAGAAACAAAUAUCCAAGAGCAGAAUUCAUCAGGUUCAAAUGAAGAAAAAUCCAAAGCUCAUAAAAAAUCAAACCCAUAUGGAGAAUGGAAAGAAAUUAAACAAGAAGUUGAGUCUCAUGAGGAGGUAGAUUUGGAACUUCCAAGCACUGAAAAUGAAUAUUUAUCAACUUCAGAAGCUGCUGUUGGUGAGGAACCCAAAGUAGUUUUUAAAGAAAAAACAGUCACUUCUCUUGGAGUCGUGGCAGAUGGAGUGGCCCCAGUAUUCAAAAAGAGAAAAGUAGAAAAUGGAAAAUCUAGAAAUUUAAGACAGCGAGGUGAUGAUCAAUAAUUGGAAAAGAGUUUUGGAACAGGAUGCAGACUACACAUCUUAAAAACUUCUCUAUAUUAUUUCUAAAUACUUUAAUGCUAAAAAUUUAGAUUUAUUCUAAAUGUAUUUUAUGUGAAUGUAAAAUAAAUCUUUUUUUAUGUGAAAUUUAUUUUUGUUCCUAAAAUGGAACCCUACCACCUUGCAUUGUAUUACAGUGUAUUAUGUUCAGUGUCUAAAAAUGCUAAUUGUCAUAAUAUAAGAUGCUAUGUAUCUGUUAUUUAAAACCUGGAAAAGCAAGGCCUUUAUUCCAUUUUUACUCAUAUGAACAUAUUUACCCUGCACUGAAAAUGCAUUACUUUCAUACACUGAUAUUAACUGUUAUCUAAGAAAUAAGAAUCAGACCCCAUAAGAGAAGAUUCACAGGCCAUUGAUAGAUUCAGUUCUGAGAAUCCUGUCAAAAGGCUGAUUUAGGAAGUGUAUGCACAUUGCCUUGUUACUCAACUUAAGGUCAAGGACCAAGAAAAGGACUACAGCUCAAUUAGAGUGCAAAUUGGACCACAGGUACAAAUGAGUGUUUGCCUAGUUCAAAGCAACAACCAUUGCUUAAGCAUUUUUACUUUGAGCUAGGUAUUAUACUGUGCCCUGGGGAUAUAAAAAUAAGGCAUAUCCCUAUUCACAACUUCACAUUCUAGCAUAGUCCUUUCCUUCCAGUCAUGUACUCUGUUUAGCAGUCUUAUUUACAUGUACUGGAAAAUCUUUUUUAAGGUUUACUUAAAACUAGGUAGAUGAAGGCUUGAACACAAAUAGUAAUGUCUCAGGCUUCAGUAAAAGAUUUUAGUGUUCCCUUAGACAAAUUAGACAUUUCUUGUUUUCUAGUUAAGUUUCUUAAAAAAUAGAAUAUUUCUUAUUUAAUCCAUUUGAAAUAGAUACCUUCUCUUUAUUACUCCAAAUUCUUAAAAUUAUAUUUUUAUAAAUUGUACAGUAUUUAAUGUUUGGUAGUAAAUAUUUGUCUUAAGGUUACUAGUAUACAUGUAAGAAAAUGAUAGAUUAUUAAAAACUUUAUGAAAGAGCAAAUUAA